GUGGUUGGAGCGGAACACGUGCGAGAAGUAGCUGGAGGAAGUAAACGUAUGCGUGGUGACGUACUUGGUAUCAUCGGUAUGGGACGUGUCGGAACAGCCGUCGCUUUACGGGCUCGUUCUUUUGGAAUGAACAUCGCAUUCUAUGAUCCCUUCGUACCCGAUGGAUUUGAAAAAGCCCUAGGUGUUGAAAGGUUAGGCUGA